ACCUAAACAAACCCCUACGAGACCAUCUCAAAAAACAAAACAAAAAACCUACGAGACUGCGACUCGCCAGCGCCGCCGCGAAACGACUUGCCCGCCCCCUCUCCGGCGCGGCUAACCUAGUGAUCCGGCGAGCUCUCCUACUACUUGCCGGACUUCGAACCAGCGAUGAUCCAGCAGCGGAAGCAGCCGAGGAACCAGGAGACGGAGGUCCGCAUGAUGCUCCCCGUCAGCAUCCGGUGCGGCACCUGCGGGACCUACAUCUACAAGGGCACCAAGUUCAACACCCGCAAGGAGGACUGCAUCGGCGAGACGUACAUGGGAAUACAGAUAUGUAGGUUUUACUUCAAAUGUACCAAGUGCUCAGCUGAUAUUACCUUUAAAACAGACCCCCAGAAUUCAGACUAUAUGGUGGAAUCUGGGGCUAGUCGAAAUUUUGAGGAUUGUCGUGAAGAGUAUAUGGUUGUGGACAAAGAAAAGAGAAAACAAGAAGCAGAGGAGAUGGGCGAUGCAAUGAGAGCACUGGAGGGCAGAGCAAAGGACUCAACGCAGGACAUGGACAUACUUGCUGCUUUAGAAGAGAUGCGGUCCAUGAAGUCGAGACAUGCAGGAGUAUCUGUUGACCAGAUGCUUGAAAUUUUAAAGCAUUCCGCUCACCUUAAGGAGGAAAAAACAGUAGCAGAACUAGAUGAUGAAGAGGAAGAACUCAUCAAAUCAAUCACUUUCCGAAAAUCGAAAGAUUAUGUGAAAAGGAUCGAAGACGACGACGAUGAUGAAGAUGAAGAUUCCGGUAUACUAGGCCAGUCAAGUGUCACAGCAAAGGUAACUGGAUAUUCCGAAUCAGUGCUAAAUCCAACAGAUGUCUUGACCAAAACUAAUGGUCCUGAGGUUUUCAAUAAAGAAGGAAACAAGACCUUGACUGAAGACAACGCUUUUUGGAGCCACAACUGUGUCUGAGGGAACGAGCCCCUGUAGCACGAUCGUGCAACUCGCUGUGCAGUUGUCUGCUUUUGUAAAAUCUCUGCUGCCAACUGGUAGUCUGCAUGUUGCAAAUCUAUGUCAGCUAAUAGUCAAGAUAUAUACGUGUUAGCGAUAAUUUUUUGUGAAAUUGACAAAUUUGGAGUAGUUCAAGAAUUAUAUCUGGGGUUCAUACUGGCGAUUUCCUGUAAAAGAACUGACAAAUUCGAGGGUAGCAUCACUCAGAUUGUAAAUAGUGCUCUGGGAGUUGGCCGAAUCACUCUCCA